UCAACAUGCAGCAACUCAUCCUGCCCGUUCUCCUGGCCUCAUGCUGGACAACCUGCGCAGGAGCUGGAGAUUGGUGUUAUCAGUCCCAGUUCUCCUGUGAUCAUCAGUGCAACGCGCCGGACAAUUGGGACCACGCCCACACCGACUGUGGAGGAAGAAACCAGUCGCCCAUCAACAUCGUCACAAGAAAGACUUUGAGAGACGAGCGGCUGACCUCUUUCCAGUUCGCCAACUACCAGCAGGUCUUCAGAGGCACGAUCAAGAACAACGGCCACUCGGUUCAGGUUGGAGUUCCUAUCCUGAGCACCAUCUCAGGUGGAAGCCUGUCCACCAGCUACAAGGCUGUGCAGUUCCACCUGCACUGGGGCAACAAUGGAGGGCCUGGCUCCGAACACACCAUCGAUGGGGAGCAGUAUCCCAUGGAGCUGCACAUUGUUCACAUGAAGCACCACUACACGGACCUGACCACAGCGCUGUCAGACCCACAGGGAGUGGCAGUCCUUGGGUUCUUCUACGAGAGAUCCAAUAGUGCCAACCGGAAGUACGAGCCGAUCAUCAAAGCUCUGCAAAGCAUCAAAGCUGCAAAUGGAAAUACGUCUUUGCAUUCCAUCUCUCUGGCACAACUAAUCCCACCUGAGCAAAAUCUGACCAACUAUUACCGCUACAAGGGCUCUCUGACCACCCCAGGGUGUAGCGAGGCUGUGAUUUGGACUUUGUUUGAGAACCCCAUCCCUCUGAGCAUGGAACAGCUACGGGCGUUCUCUGAGCUCAAAUUCCAGGACGGGAAGCGGAUGGUGGGGACCUUCAGGCCGGUCCAGCCUCUGAACGGUCGGCAGGUGUUCCGGUCUGGAGGCGCAGUGAUCCUGGCCAGUUCCGCCCUCCUACUGGCCGCCAUGGCCACGGCCCUGGGCCUGUCCCAAACCAACUAGAGCGAGGUAUCCUGCUGCACUGCGACAUCCAUGAUGUGUCUCUCCUCCGCUGAACCCUGGUUUGCAACAUCUUCAUCGCACGGAGAGGACCGACCAUGUUGUAGUGCAGCCAUGACUCACCUGGUCUUCCUCCCUUACAGAACAAAUGACAAAGGUGUUCGAGGAACGCCUUACGAACUGUGCUGUGAGAGUUUGACCAGCAUUCAUGCAUGCGCAGUGAAGCAGGAGGUCAUAUUUCAGCGUUAUGAAUGUGCCAUUAAGCAGGUUGUCAAGCACUCAAAGUGCCAACUGAAUUCAAAAUUCAACAUCAGAUCCCGUAGUCGUACCUUCAUUUUUCACACAGUGUCAUUCCAUAAACACCAGCAUACGAUCGUACCCUUUAGACCUCCUUGUCCAAUGUCAGGUAAAUUUAGCCUCUGCUCCAUGACAGGGCGAGCCGCCGAUGGAGUGCCAAUGACGGCCCAAUGACCCGACACGUGGUGCGCUGUUCUCAGCGGGGCAUGUGAACGGCCUCGAGCUAUUUAUAGCAGAACUGAAUCAAAUAAAUAUGCUCCAUUUCAAAGCCAGUAGUCAAAGGAGUCAGGAGUUUGACUUUUCUUUCAAAGUCCAGGAGCACACGGCACGCAGACGCUCAGUCAGCAUUUGGUUUGAGGAAGCGGGGAGGGUGAGGGGUGCAAGGUCUGGCCUAUCGCCACGGGAAUCAAUUGUCAGGAGCAGAUCUGCAGUCUAUUUCCACACCUUAGACAAAGACGAAGCUGAACAGAUGCUAACGAUGUUCAGUGAGGGGGAGGGGGAGGGGGGGCAUCUGCAGAGCGAGAGGACAGGAGACUUUUGAGAAUCGACCGGCGCACAAAACCACUGAUCGUUUCCAACCAACGUCAUUGUCUUCAUCCAUCUCAAAACACUCUCGUGAAUCUGCAUGCCCUGAUGUUCCAGAUGUUCCUCAUGAGCUGAGUGUACAUGCCCAUUUAAACCGUGCUUGCCAAAUUCAGACACACACACACAGCCGUGAAGUUCAGUGAGCUUGUCUUGAGAACAUGUGACUGUGUUCAUGGUUUGUAUUACAGGGUCUCGGAUGCACUGCAUGGUAUCGACUGUGACUCACACCCCACUGAGUUCUCACUCAUUUAUUCAGGAGGACUCAUUAAGUAUUCUAGAGAGAGUCCUUUGCAAUUUUCCAGAAGGAUUUGUUGUGCUGAUCGAACAAGGAAUCUGUAUGUUUCCCAUAGUUUCAUAAUGCAUUGAGUUGUAUUUCUAUGCUGUGUCAUUGUACACAUGUAUUUAUGUACUGAAUGUAUAUAUUAAUAUGAGACGGACAGUUGUGUUAUUUAUAUGCAAAGUUUAUAUAUAUGGCACUGAAUGCAAAAUCAUAUAUGAAGUAUCAAGCUGUUUCGUGAGCAAUCAAGUUUACUUAUGUUGUCAUGCUUGAACUUGUCAUGGCCGAUGUGUUCUGACAAACGAAUAAACUCCGUACAUGACUUUUUAA